AGAGUGUUGGAUUUUUAUCUUUCUCAAAGCAUUUCCUCUUUUCUCAGCAAAGAAUUGACAUUUUACUUGUUCAGUGAAGGCAGAAAGAAAUCUAAGAAUGGCCCAUAUGCUGAAGAAUGUUAAGGUGCCACCAAACUCCGCCAGUUUGGAAGAAGCUCGCGCUCGGACCUUUGAAUUCUUCAGGAUGUGCUGCAGAUCCAUCCCUCAUGUAAUGGAUAUCUAUAACUUGCACGAUGUCGUUUCCCCAUCUCAACUCCGUUCUGCGGCGGCCGCCGAAGUUCGCAAGAAUGCCAAUGUCACUAACCCUAAGGUGAUUGACAUGCUGCUGUUCAAGGGCAUGGAAGAGUUGAUGAACAUUGUGAACCAGUCAAAGCAGAGGCACCACAUUGUUGGCCAAUAUGUUGUAGGUAACCAAGGUCUUGUGCAGGAUGUUUCAGCCAAAGAUCGGGAUGCAUCCAAUUUCCUGAAAAAAUUCUAUAGCAGCAACUACUCCUAGAUCACCUUUCUGUAUGAACUAUGCCAUGUGUUUCUGGUGGGUAAAAUUCACAAUAAUGAUGAACAUGUACUUGCAUCUUACACUUGGAUACACAUUUGUUUGUUUUUUUCUUUCUUUCUUUAAUUGAAGAGGAUGCUCCGAGUCAAGAACCACCAAUUGAAAAAUUCUUUUUUUGAUUGGUAAAA